GAGUACGUCCGUGUCGUCACAAACUACCGUGCGGUUGCGAAGUUACAACGUCAUUUAAUGUUCUAAGAGAAAAACGUGCGCAGGCAUUAAAGAAGCAUGGAAGAAAAGAUAAUACAAUCUACAACAGUUUCACCUACAUGUGAAAUCGUUCCAGGACCUCCCGGCAGCAGUCGGUGUACAUCGCCAGUGCUGGAGGAGUACUUAGCGAUGACAAAGAAAGAGGAAGAGAACGCGAAAAUCUUGCAAAGUAUCACUGACGAACUGGCCGAAUACGACCGGUUGACCGACGCGCUCUAUGGCGACUAUGACAGUCUCAGCGACCAACACGCUCAAUCCAACAACGAACUGAUGCAAAUACGACGACAACACUCAAAUCACAGCAGCGAAACAAAAAGGCUGCAUGUCGACAAUAGCGCCAAAGAGAUCGGCGCCCAAAUGGUGUUUGAAGAGGCCAAUUUUAUGAAAGAACAAAUCACCGAGCUGCACGCGCGGAUUACAGAAUUGAAAGAGCUAUGUGAGAUUGGUGGUAAGACUGCCAAACUUGAUAUCGAGAAAAUGAAGAAGUUCUCGGAUGAACUACAGCAUAAAAAUGAUGCUUUCAAGUUUCAAAUUAUGUGCUGUAAGAGAGAAGUGAAGGAAAAGUUGUCUAAAGUCAGAAGCAUUGGAAUAAUUGAAAACAUAAACAAGAAACUAUAUCCUAGUGUAUCAGACAUAAGGUUUAAAAGACUGAACAUGUUUACGAAAUUCCAAACUGAUAUAUAUGAAUCUUGUGAUGAAGAAGACGAUGCUCGUUUUAAACACACAGUGAGGGACGAAGAAAUAUACUUCGAGAAAGAAAAACAUAUGUCCAGUGUAAGUGACAUGAAACAACAAGAUAGCAUCCCAUCAACUGACGAAAUCCGUCGGAUACUGGCUAAAAUAACAGAACAAAACAAACCAUACAUCAAAUGUAAUAAUGCUCAAGAAAACGUAGCUAUAGCAGAUGAAAAGAAAGUGUGCGCGUUGGAUAACCAAGAACUCAACAAAAGCAAACUGAAAUUUGUAGUAUCAAAGGCAACUUUGGAGCAGUCAAACGAAACAGAUAAAUGUAGAGAAAUAUCAGUGAAACAACAUUCUUCACCCGCCAGCCUGGCCAGUUCUAAUUCGAAAACACACCAACGUAAACUUCCGAACAACGAUAAUAACAUGUUUAAAAUUGAAGUGAAAACUGAUCACAACAUGGGUGAUAGAGGUAGCUAUACACGCUACAUAAAAAGAAACAACAGAAAGACAAACGUCAUAGGUAACGACAAAGUAGCCACGCGCAAUGUAAAGACAACCAUCGAUAAAAACAAGUGUCCGCCGAUCAAAUCUACAUCUCCAAUCAAAUCUACUUCAGCUUUGACGAACAACGUGUUUAAAGGCACAAGCAACUGUACAACUCUCCCAAAAAUCAAUUCACAGUUUACUGGAGAACUGAGAAUGACACAAGGUUCAGAAAAGUUCUCCACCGCUCGACAGCAACCUACAUGCCUGUCACCUAUUGGUUGCAAAUUCAUAAGCAACAACUUUAAACCAACACCGCCAAAGGAAGAACGCAAAAGAGAAUAUAGACGACGUGUUCGAACAAAACCAAAAUAAACUGUUUUAAGCUGUCAAUAAUAGUUUAUUAAUCAUAAUUGUUUACUUAUGACCCGAAUAGUAAACAAUAAACCCUGUAAAACGUGA